GCAGCAGGUUAGUUAAUGUGUAACACGGUAAAGGUGCAACCUUUAGCAGACAUUCAGCUCGUACUGUUUGACUGAAACAGUAAGAAGAAGACCAGAUCUCUGUGUUUGUUUAUUCAGCUUUUAAACAGGACUUUGUUGAGGUUUUUUUAAUUCUUUAUAUGAAGUUGAUUAGUUGGUUGUGACCGUGAGAGUGCUGCUAUGGCUGACUCAUACCCUCAGGCGCCGGCCUCCGGCUCGGCCGCCAAACUGGACCAUGUGCAGGGUCAGGUGAACGAGGUGAAGGUUAUCCUGUCAGACAACAUCAGCAAAGUUCUGGAGAGAGGAGACAGGUUAGACGAUCUGAUGGGCAAGACUGACGACCUGCAGGCGUCUGCCGACUCAUUCCAAAGAACGUCCACGCGGGUCGCCAGGAAAUACUGGUGGAAAAACAUAAAGAUGAUAAUCAUCAUCUGUGUGGUCGUUCUCAUCAUCCUCAUCAUCAUCAUCCUCGCCGCCACAGGGGUGAUUUAAGCGAUCACCGUUUGCUCGUUCACCAGCUCAGGAUUCAACGUUUUUUUUUUUUUAAUUCAAUGUUAUCUCCACCUGGUGUGUAUUUGAUCAUGCCAACAGGUCUCACAUUUCAAGAUAAAUAUAUAUUCGUGUACAUUUUGAAGCAGACGUGAUUUUGUAGCGUCUGCAGGUUUUAUUAAUUAGGUUUCUUUAUGUCCAGCGCUGAUGUCGUGAAAAUCUACCCGUUCAAAUCUUGGCUGAAAUGUUUCCUGAAACACUCCACACUGAUAUUUGAUAUUUCACAAAGGAUCACAAACUCAAUUAGUAUUUUAUUGUUUUUAUUGUUGCAUUUCUUAUUGUUUAAUUACCUGUGUAUAUAUAUAUAUACUGAAUGUUGUCAAACUCUGUAAUAACAUGUGUAUUAUAUGACUGAUGGCUAUGAUGGGGAGGAUAAAUAGCGACAAAGCGUU